UUUUAACAGUGCACCCACGAUAGGGGGGUAUUAGCUGUUGAGGCUGAAACUCUCUCUCUCUCUCUCUCUCUGGCAACACAGCACAAAUACAAAGCAACAAACCUCAUCAACAAAAAACCCCUCCGUAGCCUCCUUUUCUUCCCAAAAUCUCAAAAAAUUAUCGAUUUUCUCCGAUCUUCGAAACAUCCGAUCUGAUAAAAACGUCGCAUUCAAAUUACGAAACAAACAGGUUUGAGCUCCCGAUCGAUUCGUUUGGAUUGGAUGGGAAUUAUAUUCGAUCUCUAUCACGUAAUCGCGCGUGCAUCGCGCAUUUUGGUAUUGGAUUUACAUCGGUGAUGGUCUUCCGAUCGGAUUUCGAUCUAUAUCAUAUGGUGAAUCCGAUGGAGUUGAAGCAGGGAUGGAAGGACUGAGGGAAGGAUCUUACAAAGUCUGAAGAUGCCCGGUCUAACGCAGAGAAAUGCUCAAUUCAGCAUUGCUUCAUCUACGAAGUAUUCGUCUUCAUGCUUCGGCGGAUCCGUCUCGGCUAACGGAAUCUGGUCGAAGCAUGGCGAUGACGUCACCUUCGAUCAGCUGCAGAAGUUCUGGAGUGAGCUGACACCUCAAGCCCGCCAGGAGCUCCUGAGGAUUGAUAAGCAGACACUCUUUGAGCAAGCUCGUAAGAGCCUUUACUGCUCUAGAUGCAAUGGGUUGCUGCUUGAAGGUUUUUCACAAAUUGUCAUGUAUGGGAAGUCUUUGCAGCAGGAAGGUGCAGUUGGGAACCAACCCAGUAAUAGAGGAGCCCUGAAAAGCCAGAACGAUAAUGGGGGCAAUAUAAUGCUUUCAAACUGUCAAGAUGAUAUCCAAGACCCGUCUGUUCAUCCUUGGGGAGGUCUGGCUGCGACAAGGGAUGGGCUAUUGACACUUUUGGACUGUUUUCUAGGCGCAAAAUCGCUCAAGGCAAUCCAAAAUGUAUUUGACAGUGCGCGUGCAAGAGAGCGGGAGCGUGAAUUGCUCUAUCCUGAUGCCUGUGGUGGUGGAGGCCGGGGAUGGAUAAGCCAAGGAACAGCUAGUUAUGGCAGAGGGCAUGGAAUAAGGGAAACAUGUGCUCUGCAUACUGCCAGACUUUCUUGUGACACACUGGUGGAUUUCUGGUCAGCCUUAGGGGAUGAGACUCGGCAGUCUCUUCUACGGAUGAAGGAAGAGGAUUUUAUAGAGAGGCUCAUGUACAGGUUUGACAGCAAGAGGUUUUGCAGAGAUUGCAGAAGGAAUGUUAUUCGUGAGUUCAAGGAGCUCAAGGAGCUGAAGCGCAUGCGGAAGGAACCUCACUGCACCAGUUGGUUUUGUGUCGCAGACACUGCCUUCCAAUACGAGGUAUCUGAUGAUACUGUCCAAGCUGAUUGGCACGAAUCCUUUGUAGACACUGUUGGAACAUACCAUCACUUCGAAUGGGCUCUUGGAACUGGAGAAGGAAAAUCUGACAUCAUAGAGUUUGAAGAUGUUGGUAUGAAUGGACGUGUUCAAGUGAAUGGCCUGGACCUUGGUGGUUUGAGUGCGUGUUUUAUUACUUUGAGGGCUUGGAAACUAGAUGGCCGCUGCAUGGAACUCUCUGUUAAAGCCCAUGCACUGAAGGGUCAACCAUGUGUCCAUCGCAGGCUUGUAGUUGGGGAUGGAUUUGUAACAAUAACGAAAGGAGAAAGUAUCAGAAGGUUUUUUGAACAUGCUGAAGAAGCUGAAGAAGAAGAGGAUGAUGAUUCCAUGGAUAAGGAUGGAAAUGAGCUGGAUGGAGAAAGCUACCAUCCUCAAAAGCAUGCGAAGAGUCCAGAACUUGCUCGAGAAUUUCUUCUAGAUGCUGCUACUGUUAUAUUCAAAGAACAGGUAGAAAAGGCUUUUAGAGAAGGAACAGCCCGUCAAAAUGCCCAUAGCAUAUUUCUCUGUCUUGCCCUAAAAUUGCUGGAAAAGCGUGUUCAUGUUGCAUGCAAAGAAAUCAUCACCUUGGAAAAGCAGAUGAAGCUGCUGGAAGAAGAAGAGAAAGAAAAGCGUGAAGAAGAAGAGCGCAAGGAGAGGAGGAGAGCAAAAGAAAGAGAGAAAAAGUUGAGAAGGAAAGAGAGAUUAAAAGGGAAAGAAAGGGAUAGAGAUAUGGAGUGUGUUGAAUCAAAGAAAACUCCCCUGAAUCCUGAUAUUUGUGCGGAAGAACAAUCACCAGUUGGUGAGGAGGAGUCAAGUAACAGUAUCAAUUCGGGCGAUUCAAUUGGUGACACUGGAGAUAGUUCAAUAGCUGACCCUCCUCAAGAUAUUCAAGAUGAACAGUUCUCUUAUGGGUGUGUGGAUUUGACCAUGCAGAAUUAUAAAGAUGACUGCAUAAGGCCUGUGUAUAACACUUCAGAUGGGGAAGUCAGUGUAAGGGAUGCAAAUGGUUUAUUUACAAUCGAGCAAUCGAAAUCUUCUCGACGGAAGCUGAGAUUCAGGAGAGAAUUUCAGUCAGAUGCAGCUUCCAAAUGGUGCGAUAGACGCCGCACUCCAGUUACCAGUGUCAAUGGGCCUCUACUUGAUGAAUUUGACCCUAGAGUACCUGUUGCAUACAUGGAAAAUUCAUCCAGGUGCAGCAUUGGGAAUAGACAACCAAGAAACAAUCCUUUGAAAUCUGACACCAGAAACUGUCUCCUUAAGUCUGGUGAAAAGUAUCACUGCUCCAACAACAGGAUGCGCGAUAGAUAUGACUUCCGUUCCUGCGGCUGUAAUCAAAAUAAUGGCUACAGAUCAAAGGUAUGCUCACAUGUAUCUGUCAUCAGAUCAUGCCGGGAAGUCAAAACUGUUAACAAGUUAGACUCUUCAUCAGAUAUAUCCAGGACAUUCUCUCGCAGUAACAAGUACAAUAAUGGAUGUCACAUACCGGAUAAUUGUGCAAUUCCAAAAAGCAAGGUCAUCGCAGGCAAUGUCACUUCAGGGAGAGAUUUUCUACAUACAAAAAAAGUCUGGGAGCCUCUUGAAUCACGGAAAAAGUACCCUCGCAGCAAUCCAGAUUCUGAGGUUUCCUUGGGAUCUACUUUCAAGGUUGAUGAAUGUGAGGAAGGUAGAUGUAAUGGAGUUGGUUCUGGGCAGCAACAAUCAGAUAACCCUCUGGAGUCACCCAGUGAGGCAUGCUCAUCUAAACAACCUGAAAAUUCUGGAAAUGCUGGUGGUUUGAAUUACUACACCAGUCAAAAGGAUGGUACUGAGAAUGGAUCACAAAAUGCCAGCCAGGGCAUAGAGAAGGGCUGCCAAAAUGGAUUUGGUUUGGGAGACAAAUCUCCAUAUUACUCAAAGGAUGUUGCUUCCAGUUCAGAUAACUGCUCUUCAUGUCUUAGUGAGGGAGACAGCAGUUCAGCCUCUUCAAGUAUUCAAAAUGUGGAAUCUUUGUCUACAUCAGAUUCAGAAGAUGCCAGCCAACAAUCAGAGGGAAGAGAUGCUUCAACAUGUGGUCAGAAUGGUUUUCUUGAAUGCCAGGAUGGAGGUGUAGACAACAAGCAGAAUGCUAACAGAAGGGAGUCUCUUACAAGCAAGAAAACUCUGGGAGUUCCAGAAGCUACCUGCAUGUUAGGAGGUAGUUUUCCUGGGAAUCCACCCAUAAAAGAUGCUCAUAAUCCUGAUAGUGGUAGAGUCACCAUUGAUAUGGGUUCUCAGCAACACACUGUACCUCCACCAAUCCAUAACCAGAACCUACAUUUCCCUGUGUUUCCAGCACCUUCAGCAAUGGGGUACUACCAUCAACAUCCAGCUUCUUGGUCAGCAGCUCGUGCAAAUGGGCUACUUCCAUUUUCCCAACCAAACCGCUAUCUCUUCACAAGUCCUCUUGGUUAUGGCCUAUCAGCAAACCGACCUUCACACUUCUGUGUGCAGUACAGUGCUCUACAACCUUUAACGACCCCUGUACUUAAUGUUGGCCAACUUCCAGUGUACCAACCUGUUAAUAAUGGCAAUGGCUUGAUGUCAAAGGACCAGAACCAGAACUCUAGAUUAUUUGUUGAACAAGGAGUGACCAAGUUAGCUGAUGCAGUGGUAAGUGAAUGUCCUCUUGAGAGGCCAGCUCCAAAUGGCCAGGCUCUACUGGAAACACCAGUGCAUGGGGAAGAUGGACAACCUGGGCACUCUGCUAAAUUGCCUAAUGAUAGUACAAACUUCUCGUUGUUCCAUUUUGGUGGGCCAAUAGCUGUGGCAACAGGACAUGAGUCUAAUUCUAUGUCCUUGAAAAAGGGAACUUUAGGGGAUUUCCCCCCAAAUUCACCCGCAUAUCCUGCUCAAGUUGAUACUUGCACCAAGGAGACAACUGUUGAAGAAUACAGUUUGUUUGCAUCAAGUAAUGGAACAAGGUUUUCAUUCUUCUGAAACGGUAACCAGAAGGUGCAAGGAGGCGGCUACAUGAGAAUUUGGUCCCCUUUCCCUUCUUUGGUUAUAAAAGAUUGAGCUUGUAAUGCCGUUGACAAUAAUCUUUUUCAAGAAUCCCAAUUUUAGCAUAUAUUCUCUUCAUUUGAUUGUCAUUUCAAUUGUCUUAUUGUUUUUCCCCCAUGUAGAGAAAAAUAUUACGAGAGUGGUACAUUGAUUGACGGUUUUUCUGUAUGAGGUAAGCCUUUUACUACUAAUUAAGGUAUUUGUUGGGUGAU